AUGCCAGAGGUACCUGCGCAAGAAGCGCUAAAUGCCGUGGAGAGCCAAUGUCCCGAGGAGACAGGAUCCGGCAAGGCUGAGGCCUCAACUUCCACCGACUCGAAAUCAGAGCCAGCCCUGCCGCCAUUGUCUGGUCACGAAUUCAAGCAAUACAACCGGCUGGCCGAACAUAUGAAUUACUUUCACGAACAUUUUCGCCAGACAUGGAACCUCUUGUACACCGCAGCCUCGUCCGGUCGCAGGCCAGCCGGGAUGAGCCUGAAGCAGUACAUCGACCAGGGGCUGGAGUUCAUCUCUCAUCUCACAGCACACCACAACAUCGAGGAAACUUAUAUCUUCCCGAUUCUGGCCCGCAAGAUGCCUGAGUUCCAGAGCAACGGCAAGGGAAAGCGCGCCGCCGAGCUCCUCCAGCAGCACAAGGAGAUCCACAAGGGUAUGGAUGUCUUUCAAGAAUAUCUAAGCAAGUGCCGGAACAGAGAGGUCGACCUGGAAAUGAGUGUCCUAAAGGCCAAAAUGGACACCUGGGGCGGAGUCUUGUGGAAGCACCUCGACCAGGAGGUGGAAACCCUCGGAGCUGAGAACAUGCGCAAGCAUUGGACGAUCGAGGAGAUCCGGAGAAUACCGAUGUGA